AUGGCCUUCAGAUUCCAGAACUUCUUCCUUCUUGGUGGCCGCCGCGUGUCGCGUGUCGCGCCAAACCAUCCCAUCACCACAAUGUCGCAACUCCAUCUUUCCAUGGCCACCGUCAACUCCACCUUCGCCGAGCUCUCAUUGGCUGACCGUGUGGCCUUGUAUCUUCCCCACGUGAUCUACUCGCUGCCCUUGCCGCCUCAGUUCGUUGCAGCAGCGCUUACUGUGGUGUCAGCAACCGCACUAGUGAUUGCCGGAUCUUAUGCGACUGUUAGCCAACCCAAAACCGCCGAGGAUCCGUGCGACGACACAGAAAGCCCCUUGUGGGAUGUGACGGACCGCGACGACUGUCCGUUGUAUUUCACUUGCGCAGACGAUAUUCUGGGCGUGGAUAGCGACGUCUUGGGCGCCAAAUCGGUGGCAGCGCUCGUGGUCGCGGCGGCGGCGGCGUUGAAAGCGCUCGACUAUGUGCUCCGGCACUUUGGCGUGUCUGUUCUUCGCUUCCUCAACUACUACGUUGUGGCCGUCACUCUCUUCAGCGGCACUGUAACGUUACAGUGGUUCCUAGGUGUCUUGCUGCGCAACGUGGCCUACGCCUGUGGCCUUCCGGGCAACCUGAGCUUCUUCUUCGGCCGCUUGCGGCUUAGCGUCGCCCGCGAGGACCGUUUGCCCUUGGGCAUGGCCGAGGACAUGGACGAGCAGAAACUCGACGCCGAAUUGGGCGAUUUCCAGGCCUACGAGCACUGGAUGCGCCGCCACAACGGCGUGCGGGUGCUCCGGCCGCAGCAGUCGCACCGCACAACGUCUGUGGUUGUGGACGGGCGUCUCGCCGUUGCAUUUCCGGCCGCUGUGGCGUUGCUGGCGCUUUUCUAUGCGCACAACGCGCAGCUCUCGUCGUACGGCCUUCCGCGGCUCAACUGGCUCAUCAACAACGCGGUCGCUGGCGUUCUUGCCGUCUGCGGCUGCCGCCAGAUCCGCGCCGGCACGUUCCGCACGGCGCUGCUUUUGCUUGCGGCGCUUUUCGUCUACGACGUCUACUUUGUGUUUGGCUCGACCGCCAUGGAGGCCGUGGCGGCCGGCGUCGAUGCGCCGCUCCGGCUUGUCUUCCCGCAGCGGCCCGCCGCGUUGCUUUCGUGGGCCCAGGCGCAGCUGUGCACGUUCAAAGACUUGGAUGGGCCGGCCACCAUUCUCGGGCUUGGCGACAUCGUGGUGCCCAGCGUGCUUUCGUCGCUCUGUCUCCGGUACGACAUUGCCCAGUUCUACAGGCAGCGGGCGCCGCUUGCCUUCCAUCGUCUUCGCAGCGUGGGCACGCCAGUGUACUUUUGUGCCAGUGUAGCGGCGUACGCUGCUGCCGUAGGAACAACCAUUGCGGCGUCGCAGUGGAGCCGGCGCGGCCAGCCGGCGCUUUUGUACAUUGUUCCGAUGAUGGGUGGCGCCAUAUUGGGCACGGCGUGGUGGCGCGGCGAAACCGAGGGCCUUGCGGCAUACUCCGAAGAAAUGGUGCCUUAUGAAGGUGCGACCGAAGACGCCACCGAAGGUUCGGCCGGCGGCUGUUUGCAGGACGGCGCUUCGGUGCAGGCGGGCACCAUUUACGAGUUCGACGACAACGAAACAGACGACACGUAUGUGAUCGAAGACGACACGGCCGACGACGAAGACACGGACGACAACGACACGGACAACGACACCGACACGGACGACAACACCAACUUGGGCUUGGAGAUCCACACGUUGCUCUUGGACCUAAUGGGGUAA